AUGCAAUUUGAUUCAUUAAAAAUACUCGUAGUCGGUGGUGGAACUUGGGGUCUUUCCACUUGCUACCAUUUAGCCCUACGUGGUUAUAAAGACAUUACCUGCCUAGACAAAUGGUCUUAUCCUUCCCUUGAUUCAGCCGGUAACGAUCUCAAUAAAAUGGUUCGAUCAGAAUUCGUCGACGAUCCAGUCAUGCAGCAAUUAUCACAAAUAGCAAUGCAUGCAUGGAAAACAGAUCCGCUAUUCAAGAUACAUUUUCAUGAAACGGGUCGCCUAUCGCUUGCUAAUUCUUCCGUUAAUGUGCCGGAAAUACUUCAACUCUAUCAAGAACUUUCCACCAGUCCACACCGGGAUCAAGUCCGUUGGUUAGACAAUGCAGGAGAGAUCAAAGCACUUUUUCCUUAUCUUACUGGUGCUAUGACGGGAUGGAAGGGUGUUUUCAAUCCCGAAGGUGGCUGGGUUCAUGCUCGAAAUGCCAUGAAAACAGUAGGCGACGAGUGCGUGAAAAUGGGAGUUAGGUUUGUAUUGGGAACAGUAAACAAACUCAUUUAUCAUGCCAACGAAUCGAAAGUCAUUGGUGUCGAGUGCGUCGACGGUACUCAAUGGUUUGCUGAUAAGAUUGUUCUUGCUUGUGGUGCUUGGAUUGACACACUCAUCGAUAUGCAAGGACAGCUCGUGGCCAAAACAUGGACACUUGCCCAUAUUCAAGUUACAGAUGAAGAAGAGCGUCGCAAACUCAAAGGAACACCAGUCGUAUUUGAUGUCGAAAAAGGUUUCUUUUUCGAACCAGAUCACGAUACUGGCAUGAUCAAAGUGUGCAACGAGUAUCCUGGAUUUACGAACUACCAAAAUAUAAUGGCUGAUGGCAAGAAAAAAUGGAUUAGCGUGCCUGUUCAAUCCUCGUCUAUUCCUACUCGAUCCUCUCGAGAGAUUCAUGAUCUCUUACUCUCACUGAAACCAGAAUGGGCCGAUAUACCCUUACACAAUGCUCGGAUGUGUUGGUGUACAGAUACAGCAGAUAGACAUUAUUUAAUCACUCUGCAUCCAGACUAUGAUGGCACACUCAUCUUAGCAAGUGGCGCAUCGGGACAUGGCUUUAAAAUGCUUCCUGUAAUCGGAAAAUAUGUGGCAGAUUUGGUAGAAGGAAAACGCCUACAGCCCCACUUUCAAGACGCUUGGCGAUGGAGACCUGAAAUGAAUGGUAGCGGAAGACCAGCUGAUGACUCACGACCAGGCAAAGGUGGAGAUUUGAAUGAUAUGGAACAAACCGGUUGGAAAGAUAAACCUAAGUCGAGUAUUGAAUAUUGA